UUCCUUGUCAUGGUUACCCCCUUAAGAGGAAAAACAAAACCCACAUCCUCUUCAUUUAUGCAUAUAUAUUGAUAGAUUGGUAGAUAGACGUAUAUUAAAGAGCAAACAAGAGGGAACAUCAGACAGAAAUCAUGGGUGCUUUCCUCCCUUGGUACACCUUCACUGCUGUCAUUCUCCUGGCUAUUCAUGGAGGUUUGUGUGUGGAUAUCAUUGGAGGAACUGAAGUAGCGCCACACUCGAGACCAUUCAUGGCCCAAAUCAAGGGACGAAGAGGAAUUAUUUGUGGAGGAGCUUUAAUUAAGGAAAACUGGGUGUUAACAGCUGCACACUGUAACACGAAAAAAAGCAAAGUUAUUCUUGGAGCCCAUUCAUCAAAAAAAAGAGAAAAAGAACAGCAAGCUUUUCAGAUUGCAAAACAUUUUCCUCAUCCAUGCUACAACCCCAGUACCAAGGAAAAUGACAUUAUGCUGCUUCAGCUUCGGGGAAGAGCAAAACUUAAUAAAGCUGUGCAAACAAUCCCCCUGCCUUCUUCAGAUUAUGAUCCCAAACCAGGAACAGUUUGCACAGUAGCAGGAUGGGGUAUGACUACAAGUCCUUUGAAAAAUCGUCCAGGCAAUCUCCCUUCUGCCCUGAUGGAAGUCAAUGUCACUGUCAUCAGGAGGGAAAUAUGCAACGAUAAAAAGCAUUAUAAUGGCAAACCUGUCAUAACAAAGAACAUGAUAUGUGCAGGAGCUAAGAAUAAGGAUUCAUGUCAUGGGGACUCUGGUGGACCUUUAAGAUGUAAUAAUAUUAUGACAGGCAUCACUUCAUUUGGGAAGAAGAAAUGUGGCAAUGCUGAUGGCCCUGGUAUCUACACUCGACUCACAAAGCAACACCUUAAAUGGAUAAGGAAAACCAUAGGGGGGGCCCAGCAGAUUGGGUUUGGGCCACAUGGUUUGUGUAAAUGAAAUGGGCUUUUAAAAACAGCUUCAGUAGUCUGGUAAAAGAGGUAUUCUCACACUGAGUUUCGGCAGCUUGAUGUAGCUCUGCUACAAUGGCAUUUAUAGCUUACACUGUCAGCCAUGGAGUCAUUGGGGGUAUUUGGGGCUGAGGAUUCCAACAUCCCUGUAGUGCAUGUUCACACUGAGCUCUACACGGACUGGUAUCUCAAAUCAAGAAUCUAAUCCUUGUUUGGGUCCUCACUCCUUAUUAAGUAUAUUUAGCACUCUUUUGUACCUGGAUUUCUGAAAAUUACUGGUGUGCUAUGUACAAGUACAGACACCUAAAAACUUUGUUUCUCUGCAGCAAAGCUCUUGGUUUUAUAGAUGUAGUGGAUUGUAAAGCUUCAGAAAAUUUAAUUGCAGCAAUUGUAGGACAUAGGUAUUAAUUUUCUAACUGUCUUGUAUUUGAAACCUCUAGAUUUUAUCCCUUUAUGUACUUUGCAUUUAAUAAAGCAAUGGCAAUAAAAA